CAAGGAUCUAUACCUUACGGCCCUAGGUACCUAGCAGAUCGCCCUCUAGUGCAUCCUGGGAUUUCUUCCAUGUACACGCCCUUACCCCUUGUCCCUACGUCCGCAAGAGAUGGGAGGGUGUCGACUGGGAUUGCGUACGAGUUCAUUCUGGCGGAUGUGCGAUGAGGCUUCCGCUGCAGCUCCUCCUUGACCCAUGGUAUGGGUAUCGGACCCGAAUCGAUGCCAAGUCGCAUCUGGUACAGUCAAGUGCCCUAGGCGUAUGCGUUCACGCUUCUCUCAUAUUCCGAUUUGUGUUAUAAAAUUCGUCACUUCCUCGUCAACACUGCCGGUCACCGCUCCUCCAUAUUUCUUCACCUAUAUCACCCUGCCUGAUAUUGACGCUUCGACGUUGUCUUCGCACACCAUCUACUACUACUCUAUUCACAGCGUAGCCCGGUCUCGACUCGUCCACCACCGUAGCGUCGACUCUCACCAAGCUAUGUGCUACGCCGAAAACUAUUAAUUCUCGUGGUGGUGUUGAUAUUUACCUUGCGGCCUGCCCACUUCUUUCUUUCCUCCUUCCCAUCAGACUAGCAGUCUUCCUUGGAAGACGAUAUGUCACAUACUACGCUCCUGGAUAGCGAUCCAGUCAACGCAAACAUGCAGCCAGCGCAUGGCACGCUUGUCCAUGACGGGCGAUCUCUCGACGGCCAGGAAUACCAGCGAGGUGAUCCGGUGGCCAUCGUCGAGAACGGCACAGGAGAGGACCUUUCAGACGCGCUUCACAUUCUCAAUCUCCGGACCAACCAAUGUAUGCUCGUGCCUUUGAAGGCUGUCUGCUGGGUCCCGACUCACACUGAGCAACGAUCCGGAACCACUUUCCUGCUUACAUUGUACGGCCCAAGCCUGGAUUUCCGCCGUUCCGUUUCAGAGCGCCCUCAGAUGGGAUAUCGCGGCAUCGCAACGCUCUUUGGCUCUUGUGUCUACGUCGGACGCGAGGUCAUGCUGGAGGGUAACGCAUCAAGAGUCAAUCUGGAGCCCGCCAACAGAGUCUCCUUGUUUACGGCCCAGUGGGACGCACUCUCACUCAGCGCGGAUGUGCAACAGCCUGCAUUGACUCCUUCGGCAUCCUCUUGCGCAUCGUCCAGAAGCCCUUCUGAGUCGGGGGACGAUGUUCCUCCUCCUCGGUUCUACCGCGUGCAAGGGCGUCGAGACUCUGCUAUUGAAAUUCGAGACCCUGAUUCCCCCAUUUACAAGUCCUCUAUGGGACGAAUGUCCAUUUCACCUAAGCCGUUCCACAUCCCCACCGCAUCUUUCGCAACGAAGACCAACACUCGUAUUGUUCCUGAAGCAUCGAAAGUCCGACCAUAUGGAAGCAAUGCCUGGUCAGACCUAGAAUCUGAUGACGAGUUUAGCUUCGACAUGCAUCCAUCGUUCAGCCUCGACUCUGCCUUUGCUGACAAUCUGGACCUUUGCAUCGGCGAGCAUCACAUGGACGGCAUGAUUGCAGACGCCGAUCUUCAGGUCAACUUUGUUUUCAUGCCGCAGAACGAGAGUAGCAACUACGUACCUGGACAACAUGACCAGCAAAGGCAGGGUGCUAACGCUCAGGAGCCUCUGUGGGCCACGCAAGGCCUCAACACAGAUAAUGGCAAUGCUUGGGAUACUUUGCAGAUGCCACCACAGCAUGUUCCGGAAAUGCGGCAACCCCAGUUGCCAAUGCCCCAGAGACAACAGCCGCUGCCCUCGAGGACAGUCAGCCAUAGCGACUACUACGAGCAGUAUCGCCUUGCGGAGGAGCAAGGCAGCUCUCACAGCCACAACGGACCCGUGGGCCAUCAUCCUCCGCAACCGGAAGCUGUUCACCUGCAACAUGACCCUCGCACCAGCUACUUGCCUUCUCAGAUUCCUCCUUCACAUCCUUCUCAGCCCCUUCAAGAUUUCCAAAUGCACCCACGGUAUCCGGAACAGUCGAACAGACUCCCGAUGCCAGGCCCCUCAUUCCCUGCGCCUCAAGAGGUCCAUGUUAUCCAGAGCAACCGCCCCACAUCCCGACCAUCAUACCCCCUUCCAUCAAGCUCUUAUAGCCCGGUACAAGAAGGCAGCUUGCCUUCGACUUCACAAAGUCAACAGCCAAGGCGUAGUCCGCGUCCUGACGACUCUCGCCCUUCAAGCACACGCGGGACGCCAGUCAUGGCUCGCCGAGCACCAGCACAACCCGUUCAUACGUUUACGCCAAGUGGAAUCAUCGAUUCCUUCCGACAGAGCACACAAGCUCACAUCAGCUCCUUGGAGAGUCAUUGCGAGCAAUUGCAGCAGAGCCAGACCAGCGAUGACCAACUUCGUCAAGCGAACGAGUCGCUUCAAGCUGCUCGACGAAACAACGAGGAGUCUUUGCAGCUUCUCGGUCUGCUUCAGCCUAUCACCGGUAUCCCUUUGAAGGGCACAGAGAAGAGGCUUCAGUCAAUCGCUGAUCAGAUCGUUGAUGCAAUCAAGAGCCUGCUUCCCGACGGCAGUGAUGGUUCUGACAAGACGAUCGAACAGUUGGGCCAAAAAGUACAAAGCCUCAAGGAGUUUAUCGAGUACGUUGAGGGAGUUCAUCCCGAGGUGGUCAAGCGCCCGCAGGACCCCGCGACAGCAUCUACGGACAAGAGCCAGACUGUCCCAGUCACGACUGCGAACCGGAUUCCCUCGGCUCCCGCGUCCGUUUCUUCUCACACUGCGGAUGAGUCCGACUCCUGUCGCUGGGUAGACGGCCAGGCUACACCCCCGCCGGAUCGAUCCGCAGCAAUGGCCUUGAACCGAGACCGCUCGCGCAUGUUCCGGGACAUGACUGCUGCUCAUGGUCGUCGUCCCGAGCCUCGCAUCAACACUGCUCCAGAGUACUAUGCUCCCACCAGCUACAGCCAGCCGUCAUCCCGAAUCCAUUCACCGCUUGCUACCCAUUCUGCGCCUGCAGAGCCUCCCCACGCGGCUGGCCAUGGCUUCUUUCAACAGCCUCUCCCAACACAGAUACAGCAAGCGAUGCCUAUUGCCGACUUCGGGGCCCCGAUGCAGGAUCGAACCAUGCAGGCCUACCCGCCUCCCACCUCAGUCGAGAUGAUGCGGCCGAUGCAGCCCGUGUCGAGCCUUCCACCUCAGCACUACACAACGCAACAAGAAAGUAACUUCUACCUGCGACCACCGCCACCAAACUGCCUGUACCCAACGACCGGAGCCGAAAUGGCUCAGGCUGCCUACGCUCCGCGGUCGCCAGUGGAUUACCAGCCGGCCCCGGGGCCAGCGCAGAGCAACUACUACCAGGACAUGCGGUCUGGUCUCCCGGAUCGGCGAACAGUCCGCCAGGAGCGUCCUGCUCCCUACUCCCUCAACUAUAGGGAUCAAAGGCGACGAAGAGGAAGCCAGUGAUGGGCUCCUUCGAUUUCGCACAAAAUAUUUCACACACGUAUAUAGAUUGGGUUACGGCUGGCUAUUGUCCUUUUUUGCCAUUCGACUGUGUCGAUGGUUUUUUUUUUUUCUGCUUAUCAUCCUGGUUCUAGCUAGCGAGCAUUUGAUAUCCUGCAUGUUGUUAUGGCGAGGCGUUCUCGGACCGAGAUUGAUUGUUUCCCUGGGGCGACUGGCUGCUGGAAGAUGUAGAGAUGCCAUCUCAAACAUCGCGGUCCUUUAAUUUCUAACUACUAAGCAUAUUUCAAAAGGUUAUACACUUUUUGCUGUUUCUUCAGGAGGCGGAGGGGACAACGGGACAUUGGGUAUACGAAAGACAUUGUUCGCGUUGGAUGAAGGGAACUGUUUGAUAUGGGUUUACUCGGGGCUGGC